UUCCAUUUCACAUUAUAAACUUUUUGUCCUUCAACAAAAUGGAAAUGGCUAUGUCUUCACAGGCUUCUUCAGAGAAACAAGCCAUGGUGCCCCAAGAAAAGAAAGUGAUUGUGAAUGAAAAGAGUGGUGGAAAGCUUGUGGGAAUACUACAUGAAGCUGGAUCUCUUCGAAUUGUCAUCAUAUGUCAUGGAUACAUGUCAUCGAAGGAUGAUGAAGUUGUGUUGAACCUUGCUACAUCUUUUGAUAGAGAAGGAAUCAGUUCCUUUCGUUUUGACUUUUCUGGCAAUGGGGAAAGUGACGGUUCGUUUCAACUAGGUAAUUACGAGAGUGAGGCUGAUGAUCUACAUGCUAUUGUACAAUAUUUCAAUGGAGCAACUCGUCCAGUUUGCACAAUCAUUGGCCAUAGCAAAGGAGGUGAUGUUGUUCUAGUGUAUGCUUCUAAAUAUAAGGAUGUGGAUAUUGUCAUCAAUGUUAGUGGACGUUUUGAUAUGACAAAAGGCAUAGAAAAAAGUUUAGGUGAAAACUAUGAGGAAGCUAUGGAAAAGCAAGGAUUUGUUGAUAUCAAAGAUCCAACAGGUACAAUGAAUUAUUAUAGGGUGACACGGGAGAGUUUGAUGGAGCGUCUAAAUACCAACAUGCACCAAGUUUGUCUCCACAUCAACCAAGAAUGCAGAGUGUUGACUGUACAUGGAACUGAAGAUGGAAUAAUCCCUGUUGACGAUGCGAAAGAGUUCGAUAAGAUCAUCUCUAAUCACAAAUUAUACAUUUUAGAAGGAGCAGAUCACAACUAUACAGCAGAAUUACAUCAAGUAGACUUGGCCACAGUAGUUUUGGACUUCAUCAAGACAUCCCUUCAGCAGGACAAAGAGACAGAUAAGGUAAACUACGCUAUGCCAUUGACUUAUAAAAGCUCAUCAGUCUCCCAACCUCUGCAGACAAGUGAAGUGAUAAAUCAUAUUCAAGACUUUCCACAAGAAGGUUGAUUUCUACAUGCUUUGGCUCAAUGAGGCUGCUGGUUUAUGAUCUAUGAAAUAAAUAAAAUGACCUUUACUUCAGUGUGAACCAUAUUUCAACAAGCAACUGUUCUUCACCUUUUUAGUAUGUGGUUUUUGUUCUUGGGGUCCAUUUCUAAGCUCUAUAGAGGGGUAUCAAAGAACCCCAUAAUCUUAACAAGAUAGAUGAGAUACUCUUUUCAUUGUCAA